AUGCUGCGUGGACGUGUGCUCUUUGCAGUGCUUGCAACCGUCGCCAACAUUCUUCUCUUGUCUGCUGGAGUGUGUCACGCUGCUGGCGAUCCUCCGGAAAUUCACCGAAUCAUGGAGGCGCUCCUGGAUAAGCAAGGAUGGUCUCCACCGCAUGGUCUGAGUGCAGGAGGAAGCUCGUCCUCUGACAGCGGGCGUGCUUCGCGUCCACUUCAAAAUGCUGCUCACUUGGAAGCCAGUUCAUCCGGUGAGGCGCCACGAAUCCGCACGGCCGAUAAUCCUCUGUACAAGGCUCCGUGAGUUUACGAAGGCCCUUCGUGUCCCUCUCUGAUCGCUGACAAUUGCUCGCUGCGGGACCUUGCAUUCAUUCAGCGAUGAUUGGAUGGUAGGUUCAUCUGUUCCCGCUGCCCAACAUAGCAACGAACUCACAAUUGACUCAAACAACAUCUCUUUUCCUGUCCCAAAGCAACUCGGUGACACUCGAAUGCUCAACUGGCACGAACCCCAAACUCGACGAGUCGUGCACCGCUGGGCUCCUUGGGUUGGAUUUACGACGUGGAAUGGCAAGUACAUGGAUGUGGGCAGGGCACCGGCCGGUGGCCGGCUGCCGAACGAGAGGGAACAACUGGACCAGGCGGUGAGUAGGGAAACCAGGCGGCCUGAGCUUGCAUUUCAUCCUCAACGUACUCAUUCGUCUUUUGACGUGCGAUCCCUCGCCACCCACGUGUCAAUGACAGCUCAAAGACAUGAGAGAGAAAGGUUUCAUUGUAACGCGCUCUUCACGCUUUGGUGUGCAAAGGUAUCAAACCUACGACGUCGCAAAGAAUAAGUGGGAGAACACAGGAUGGGACACGGGCAGCUCUUCCGCUGCUCCACAGGGACGCAUUCCCAUCCUUGACUCUAGUGUGAACCCUGCGACCGAUCCAGUGCCCCGCUCACGCAGACGCGUGACCAACCGCCUGCCUUCCAGCGAAGGGGCUGGCCCGUCGCUUCUGCCCGGCCAGUCGUCUGGUGCUGGACCUAGUGGAGCGGCGAAUCUGCCAAGCGGUCGUCAAAGCCGUAGCUCCAGUUCCAGUGGCGACGGUAGCGGCGGAUGGCGGCCUGCUUAG